CGCUUACUCUCCGCCCAUCAGAGUAUUGGCAGCGCACGGCGCACGGCGCACAGCGUGGACUUGGAGAUGUCUUGGCAGCAUUACGCACGACGACACGAUAAACACGAAAGCCACCUUAAGAAGGACAAGGCACUCUGAAGCUGAACUUUGGAUUGACUUUCAGCUUUUGAUUAGCAAAGCACUUCUUUCGAAGCCUCCUCAAGACAUUUUUCCUGUCGGCGAAUGAGACUCAGAUCUUAGUGGGUCUGGAUGACUUCCCCUUCUCUUAUCCUGGUGAUUACGGUGACUAUAUAGGAAUGGAAACGAUGUAAACAGCUUGGGGAGAAAACAAACACUACAGAGCAAACCGUUUUUUUAGAGAUCCCAAAAAGAGAGGAUGAUCCCACCGGCCAACAUGAUUCAGGACGAAAGUGGGGGCAAAGAGGACGAACGGGAUCAGAAUGAGACACCCAAAUCCCCGACGGCGAACGCCAGCCAGCAGGAAACCAAGAAUACUGUGAGGCCUGAACAUCACAAGCGCAAGCUGCAGAGACUCAAGCGCUCCUUGUCCUUCAAGACCAAGAGCAUCCGCAGCAAGAGUGCAGACAACUUCUUCCGAACCAGCAGUGACAACAAGACGGAGCUGCUCUCUGACGUGAGCAGCAGCACGGGCCAUCUCUGCAACAUUGGGAUGGCCCCGCCACACACCACCAACCUCCCCAUCCCUCCGGUCCCUCCAGCCAUCCCCUGCGCUCCUCCUCCGACAUCGCGCUCCCAGUCACGCAACCCGCUACAGGUAGACUCGGCAGGACACUGCUUCAUGGAGCACAUCUUCAAGAAGCCCACGUUCUGUGACGUCUGCAAUCACAUGAUCGUAGGUACAACAGCCAAGCAUGUGGUGUUCCUGGCGGGAAACACGGCAAAGCAUGGCCUCCGCUGCAAAGCCUGCAAGAUGAGCCUCCACCACAAAUGUGAGAAUGGAGUGGGACAGCAGCGCUGCAUGGGCAAACUGCCAAAAGGCUUUCGGCGGUACUACAGCUCUCCAUUACUGAUCCAGGAACAGUAUGGCUGCAUCAAAGAAGUCAUGCCCAUCGCCUGUGGCAAUAAGGUGGACCCUGUGUAUGAAGCCUUGAGGUUUGGGACGUCGCUGGCACAGAAGGCCAAGAGGGCCAGCGGCUCGGAGUCUCCACACGGAAACUCUACCAGUGACUUGGAUAAGGUUCCAGAGGAAGCGGUGGCUCACAGCAGUAGGCAGGAGCUGUCGAGAAAACACAGCGAUGAUGUUUUCACAGUCAUUGAGAACGGGACAGAUCAUUACCACCAGCCAGAGAGAAAACCUGACGAUUUGCAGUUGGAGCAGAGCCAGCUACAGAAAGACGUCCUCAAGCUCAACACCUAUGUGGCCUUGCACAGCUUCACUCCCCAAGACAGCCAUGACCUGGAGAUGAGCGCGGGAGACAGAAUCUUAUUGGCUGACAACUCCAAUGAUGACUGGUGGAAGGGAGUAAUUGAGGACAGGAUCGGUUUCUUCCCAGCAGCCUUUGCUCAUCAGGUACGGGCAGGGGACCAAGUGUUCAGGUGUAACAGGACGUUCAUCGGCUGUAAGGAACAAGGCCAGAUCACCCUGAAGGAGGGACAGAUUUGUGUGAGCAGUGAGGGCGAACGCAGUGGUUUCAUCAGAGUGGCGAGUGGAAAGAAGAGAGGCUUCGUUCCCUGUGAUAUUCUGGAAAUCAUGUGAGACAAACACUCAGAGAAAUGAAGAGAGAGAGAGGCAAGGUAGGAUCAGUCGCCCGGAGGUCAGAGGAGUGAGGAAACUGAACCUACAAAAUGCCUACGAGAAACCAGUGAGGGAGUUCGCCUCAUCAGAAAUUGGAGUUUGUCAAUGAGGACUCCACUUUGUUGCAGGUCAGAGAGACUGUACCUUCCUCACGCCUUCUCAACACAGAGAGAGAUGCUGAGACGACAGAGCGUGUGAGGAGACAGGAUGUCGCUGUUUCACUGGAUCUGAUUUAAUUUAUAGAGCCGAUGUAUGUGUUUUUUCCCCCCUUAGUAUUAUUCUGCUUCGAGCUGUUUAUUUUUUCGAAAGUGGAACUGCCAGCUUGCUGUUUAAGCCAAAGAAAAUGAAACAAACUCACUACAAUGAUUGUUUUUCAAGGUUUCAGUACAUAAAAUGGCUUUCCUCCUACAAAUAGUUUACUUUCUCAUGCUUUUGCAUUAUGUUCCAAGCAAAAGUUGAGCUUAUUAUUAUUGCAAAGCAAUAGGCUCCGAAAUAUCAGAUUAUUUUGGAUGACAAAUCCCUGGCAUCAGAAGGUGAUGGAAAAAUUGGAUACAAAAUAGGAACAUUUACUCUUUGAAGCCUCAAAUCUCCCUUAAAAACUUUAAAAAAACCCUUCCUGUAUAACGAGAGUACAUUUACAGUCUUAUGACAAUAAAAAACACGUGAGAAACAGCAGAGCACAUCAGAUGCAGCAAAGAGGUGUGGGGGAGUGUUUUCAAAGAAGUUUGACACAAUCAAAGACUUCAGAAAUUCUCAGUGGUCUUCCAAAAAUAUCACCCUUAUUCUCCCCAAGUGUGUAGUGUCUAACUCAUUGCAAUCCAGGAUUUUACUUAAUGAUGAUGGUAAUUUACAUUUUUAUCACCAUUAGAGUCAGAAGCUAUUAAAAUCUGUGUUUCAGUGGACACAAAACUUGUUAGUUAUGAAAUGUAACAGUUUGCCUCGUCUCCAUGCUGCAGAAUCUAUUAGAUUUAUCUUUUAAGGCUUAACAAGUUAUUUUUUGUUGAUUUAUUUAAUUUUCUCUCUUUUUGGUUGUUUUUGUCAAAGAUUUCACAGCUUCAUUGCUAUAAAACAGAAGUGAAUGUGAAGGUACAGCUACGAUAUAAUCAGGACAUUAAUGAUUUCAUGAUCAGAGCUCAUGUGAUCUGCUGGCCUGUUAACACAUGAUGGCGUCUGUAAAACAAUGAAACAUGUAAGAAAAUGAUACAUUUCUAGUUAGCGUGUUAACUUUAAAUGUCCUCAGUCUCGUGUGGUUUUCCUCUUUCUCAGCACAGAUGGUUCUGAACAGCACUUCGUAGAUAUAGUAUAUCUUUUACAGGUUGUUCUGCACUGAAACUUAGCUUUGUUGAAUGUCCAAAAAUUCUACAUUGUACAUACUGUACAUACAAGAUUAAAGUUUCUUCUUUAUCACAAUAA